AUGUCCGAGUACAGUUAUGCACCCUCUCGGCACCGCAACCGCGAGCCCGAGUAUGUGACCGAGACGACCUACAUCGAGCGCGGCGGUCGAGGCGGGGCAGUGCGUGAUCUCGCCUACCGCCCCGCGACCCGCGAGGACAGCAUCGAAGAGAUUCCCCGCGACUUCCCUCCGGGCGCCGAGUUCAGGCAGACCAAGUACCGUGAGGAGUAUGCCGUUCCUCGUCGCACCCGUUCCGUGAACCGCAGCUAUGACGACGACUACUAUGACCGCCCUCGUCGCCGUGACCGUGAACGUGACCGCGAGUACGAUGAAUACACCGAGUACUCGGAGCGCCCCAAGCCUUCCCGCCGCAAGUCCAUCGUCGACCAAGUCAAGGGCAUCGGCGAGGCGGCAGGCCUGGGAGGCAUCAUCGGCGCCGUCACUGGCCGCGACCGCUCUCGUUCACGCGACCGCUCCCGUUCCCGUUCCCGCUACCGAAGAGACGACCGCGGCUAUGAUAGCGAAAGAUACGCAUAUGACCGCCGAACCCGCUACAGCUCCCGUUCCCGCUCACGCAGCCGCAGCCGACCAGCAGCCAAGGAGAAGUGGGAGCAGGCCGCCAAAGCUGCUCUUGUUGCCGGUGCCGUCGAAGCCUUCCGCAGCCGCAAAGAGCCUGGUCCAUGGACUGGUGCCAAGGGCCAGCGUAUUGCCACGGCUGCCAUCGGUGCCGCUGGUAUCGACGGUCUGAUUGACCGAGACGGAAAGCACGAGAAGAGACACAUUGCCGAAUCCGCCUUGGGUGGCCUUGUGACUUCACGCCUCGCCAACGGCUCUCGCUCCCGGUCUCGUGCUCGUGCUCGUGACAGCUCCAGGUCUCCUUCUCGCUCUCGCUCUUGCGCUCGGUCCAGGUCCAGGUCCAUCUUCGGACGCUCUCGCUCCCGUGGACGUUCCCGCUCUCGCUCCAGCGACGGAAACAGCAAUGGUCUCGCCAAGGUUGCGGGUACCGGCGCCGUCAUCGCCGCAGGAAAGGCCCUCUAUGAUCGUGUGCGCUCCAAGUCUCGCUCUCGCCGCGAGCGAUCCCGCUCUUCCAGUUCGGACAGCUACGUACCAUCACGCAGGGGCAACCGCCGCUCGUACAGCCGAGGCCGCGGUAUGGACGACCAGUAUUCCGAAGCCUCUUCCAGGACUAACCCAGAUCGCAGACUAGCCGCUCCCGUGGGGGCUGGCGCAGGUGCUCUAGCAGCACAGAGUGGAGGAGGAGAACGGGGUCGAUGGAAUCCUAGCAGCGAUUCCGAGUCGUCCACCGACAUGGAGGAAAAGCGCAAGAAGCUUCGAGGUAAGGAACUUCUCACUGCGGGCCUGGCUACGGUCGCUACGAUCCAUGCCGCGCACGGAGUAUACUCUUCCAUGGUGGCCUCGGAAAACCGCCGAAAGAUGGUUAGCGAAGGCGAAAUGUCGCCUGAAGAAGCACGCAAACGCAAAUCCAAAAACAUGCUCCAAGACGCUGCUGCCGUGGGCAUUGCUGCCCUUGGUAUCAAGUCAGCCUACUCUGAAUGGAAAGAAAUGAACGAGCAGCGCCACAGCGUCAAGGAGCUCGAAGCCCGCCGCCGCAAGAGGAGAAAGAUAAGAGAACGACGAGAAAAGGAAGCCCGCAUGAAUGCUCUCGGCAAUAUGAAUGGUCCAGGCGCUAAUCCGUACGCAUAUCCCGUAGCUGCCAACCAGUCCUACCCACCUUCGUCGUAUGCGGACCCCAACACAUACGGUAGCUCUGUGCCUCCACCACCCAUGGGUGCAAGGUACUAG